GGCCUGGACAUACCUUGUUCUCGCCCGCCUCCGCGCCUUCUUGUUCCUCUCAUUCGAGUAGUUGUGGCGUGAGAGGGGAGCCACAGGGAGAAGCAAUGGGGAGGCAGCCAUGCUGUGAUAAGGUGGGGCUGAAGAAGGGGCCAUGGACAGCAGAGGAGGACAAGCGGCUGAUCAACUUCAUCCUCACCAAUGGCCAAUGCUGCUGGAGGGCUGUGCCUAAGCUUGCAGGACUUCUGAGGUGCGGAAAGAGUUGCAGGCUAAGAUGGACAAACUACCUCAGGCCUGACCUGAAGAGGGGAUUGCUGUCGGAAGCCGAGGAGAAGAUGGUCAUUGAGCUCCAUUCUAAGCUGGGAAACAGGCCCUUUGUUGGUUUCCUCAGGUGGUCUAAGAUCGCAUCCCAUCUCCCUGGUAGAACGGAUAAUGAGAUCAAGAACCACUGGAACACCCACAUCAAGAAGAAACUAAGGCGGAUGGGGAUCGACCCCCUCACCCACGAGCCCCUCAUCCCUUCAGCUAAUGAUCUCCUCCACCAGGAGCAGCAUCAAGUGGGUGCCUCGGCUGACAGGAGGGAGGGAAACGACAAGGUAUCAGAAGAGCAAGGUGAAGAAGAGAACAUCACAAGCGCAGUUGACGAUGCCUUUUGUACUGAUGAGGUGCCCAUGAUCCAGCCCCAUGAGAUGAUCGUCCCAUGUGCUUCCACCCCCUCUGCCUCAUUUUCCAUUUCUUCUUCAUCAUCAUCAUCAUCAUCAUCAUCAUCAUCAUCAUGCUCUUCUUCCUGCUCCUCGGUGAAGGCUCAGGAGAUCCAGCCGCCGUGCAUGGAGUGGCCGGAAUCAGUGUGUCUUUGGGGUUUGGAUGAACUGAACGGAUGGGACUUCAACUAUGCUCAAGGGGAUGAACAAUUAGGCCUUGAUCUUUUCACCCAGUGGCAAAGAACUGCUCUGGAUCAAGAAACCUGGAAAUUUGAGCUUUUCUGAUCUCAGGCUCCUUGGUUCUGUAAUUUGUGCUUGCAGAUAGAAUAAAGAGGAAACAGAAUGUGAUACCAAACUCAUUUUUCCUCCUCUUUUUUUUUCGUCUUUCUUUCUUUUUCCUGUUUGGUUUUCCUCUGUACAGGUUCUAAAGAACAUGUAGAGAUGAGCUUCUAGUUGAGGCUUCUCUCAGCUCAAUGCCAAAUGUUUAGACA